CCACUGCUUCAGUGAGGUGAAGAAUGAGGAAGACGAGGUCAUUCUCCAGGUUGAGAGAGGAUACCAGUAAAGAAACAGCCUUAAAGUUUAGUAACUAUAUAUAUUGAUAAAUCAAACUUUAAUAAGGGAUGGUGGUCAGCUGUACCGGCGGCUGGUGUGCUCGCUUUGUGGAUCGGCACCAGUCCGGGUUGAAUUUUGCGCUGCUGGUUGUCGCUUACAUCCUUUACCUCAUAAUCGGAGCCGGGAUCUUCUCCGCCAUCGAGCUGCCCUACGAGCAGGAGCUCCGCCGGGAACUAAGAGAGGCCCAGCAGGACUUCCUGAGCAACAACCCCUGUGUGUCCGAGGCGCGCCUGGAGGAGCUCCUGGCCCGUGCGCUAGAGGCCAGUAACUAUGGAGUGUCCGUGCUGGGAAACGACACCAACCGAAACUGGGACUUUGUGUCGUCCCUGUUCUUCACCAGCACCGUGCUGACCACUACAGGUUAUGGCCACUCGGUACCUCUCUCAGAUGAAGGGAAGGCCUUCUGUAUCUUCUACUCCAUCUUUGGAAUACCUGUUACCCUUUUCUUCCUCACUGUUGUCGUGCAGAGGAUCAUGGUCGUGUUGACUCGACGUCCAGUGUCUUAUUUCCACCGUCGAUGGGCUAUGUCUAAAUCAAAGCUAGCCGCCAUACAUGCUACUUGCCUUGCCCUCAUCAUUACCCUGCUCUUCCUCAUCAUCCCUGCAUGGAUCUUUGUCAGCCUGGAGAGCGACUGGGACUUUCUGGAGUCUCUGUAUUUCUGUUUCAUCUCUCUGACGACCAUUGGCCUUGGGGAUUAUGUCCCUGGAGAGACCCACAGUAAAGAGGCCAUCCCACACCCAAAUCUCUACAGGCUGGCCAUUACAAUUUACUUGCUGCUAGGGCUGGUGUUUGUCCUGGUGGUGCUGGAGACGUGUUGUGAGCUUCCCCAGAUGAAGCGCCUCAGACAGAGGUUCUACCAAGACAAAGUGAAGGAGCUGGACUCCGAGACUACCAACAUUAUCAACAGUGACCAGCUGAGCGAAACAUUGGAUCAUGUGACAAAUCACCUACCAGUCAUCCCGUCUGUGUCAGAACAGGCUGCCUCCCUACAGCGGGACAACAAAUCAACGCCUUACUCCGCAGUAUCAGGAUCUACUGUGGACAAUAAACUAAGAUGACAGUCUGGAAAACAAUGUACUGUAUAUAAGGGAAUUGUCUAUUAUCUUGUGCUCUAUUUAUGACUGCUCAUGACAUACCAGCUUUGACCUCUAAAUAUGUUUGCAAAUAUAAGGAGCCUGAGCACACUUGUGUUUAAAUCUACAUGUAAGCUGGGUCACUUAAUCACUGGCCUUCUCCCAUUGCCAAUACCAACAGACAUUUGUGUUGUGAAAGAAGGAACCGCCCACAGUUUAUCAGGAUGCCAUUGUUUUCUUGUUCUCCCCAGUAGCUCCAUUCCCUGCAGAUAAGAGCUAGAUCUGUGACACAGAGGAAGGGCAAGGUUCCCAAAUGGAAGGAAAUCCCACAAGGUUCCACUCCCUGCCAAAGUCUUGAUGCCUUAAUUCCAAAGUGGCACAGUUUCCUCUAGAGGAUUUCACGCCAGCUUUUAGCAUUUUAUACAGUCGAUGAUGGUAUUUGCAUAGGAAAUGUGCCUUGUUGGAUGUAUUCCAGCAGCACCAAGGGAAUCAGGCGCACCAUCAUUUGGCCUACUGUGCGUUAUGAACACAUAUUACAAGAUCCUUGAUAUGAAUUGGUUGAAUAAUGGUGUCAAUGUAACACAAUAGAGUUCAAAAUCAAAGCAAACUGCACACCCCAUAAUGACCAUACAGUUGAUUUAACAGUUUCACCAAAAACUGAGUAUUGUAACCAAUUUAAUCAAGGGACAAUUAUUGCAAAACCUUUUGUUUAUUACUUCAGCUAGAUGUAACUUAUGAUCUGUCAACUGAAUGUCAUUUAUUGAGGGUAUAACACUGCAAUGUGGGGACAUCGCCACUAGGGGGCAUCCCUUCCAUUUUAAACACAAAACAUUUGUUCAAUAUUUGUUGUUAACCUCUCAUGCUGCUCAGAGGAGAAUUGUAUACAAUAAUGUGUCAUUGUUACAACUGAAGGAGAGGGAGCAUGCUGUAUUUUAUCAUCCAGUGUACUAACUUAUCCAGUGUACUUGCUACUUUGCAAAACAGCUUUCAAAUGGAUUCAAAUGACAAGUGUCAAAUAUAAUUUGGCUCCUGUUUGCAUUGUCAGAUGCUUGUUUGUGGGUUUUAAUCGAAGGCAUUACUUUGUAAAGGUAGUUUUUUAUAAAAAUCAAAUUAGCUUUCUGGAUAAAGUAUGAAUAAAUCUUGCAACAUUACAA